AUGGUUGCGCUGAUGGUUCUGGCUACGAUCGAGGACACGGCUGUUGAUGAGAUCGAUGAAACUUGGGGUCCACUGUCCGAGACGCGCGAGGCGGCAUCCUUCCCCCCAUUCGUGGUCGCUUCGAAAACGCACAGAUUCCUCGAGGACUACGACUGUGGUAAACUUUCGCCACAACUCGAAUCCUUCGAUAUCGGCGGUGCUCACUUUUCGCGUUUUGUUUACCGGAUCGAGGAAGAUCGGAUCAGUCUGGACGGGCGGCAUCUGCAGGAAGUCUCCGACAAGUACGACGUGGAUGCCGCCAAAUGGAACGCGGGCGCGCUUCAAAUGCAUGAGGAAGCUUGCGAGCGUGCGCCCACCAAUCAGUGUUGCUGCCUUGCCUGUCAGUGCCGUCUUCACGACGGCAUCGUCGCGAUGCCAGCUUGUACAAAAUGCAUCGACGGCUUCGAUCACACGACUUUUGCCUGUACCACCGGCUCCGCCAAGGAAGAGCAGCAGCUGGUCGUCUGUAAAGCGUACCUCGAAAUUGUCCGUGCAGUAGCCGCUAUUAUGACCCUGCACACCACCGAGCUCUUGGCGCAAGAAGCGCGGGAGCAGCGAAGUUGCGAUGAGCGUGAACGCGACAUGCUGGCGUUCGUUGAGCGUGAACGUUUGAGAGACUUCUACGAUUGA